GACAGGGAGGCUUCUGUUGGGGAUAGAGACGAGACAGGAGGAGACACGCGGAGACACGCGGAGACAAAUUGCAUCCUCGAGUUGCGAACUGUUGUUGUGUCGUCCCGCGGAGGAGGCUGCGUGCGGAUGCGAGAGUGCAACUGGCAAGAAGCGCUGGCAUAGACCUCCUCCACCGCCGCCGUCGCGAUGGAAGGGAGCGUCGAGCAGGGUGGCCGGUGGCUCGGACACCCGCACGGGCCCUCUGCGACGCUCGCCCCGGGCCAGCACCACCACCACCACGGCCACCACCACGGCGUGGAGUCCAACCUAGGCCACGGCGGCUACGGGCCUGAGUCCGGGGCGGCCGGGCAGCUCAUGCCGGCCGACGAGUUGGACGCCUUCCUCAACCACCUGGACGGCCCCGGGGCCCCCGUGCAGGGGCCCUACUACGUCGCGGGGCCCGGCGCUCGCCUCCACGGCUACCGGCAGGCCCACGGUGCCCAGGUAUGCCGUCCGCACCUGCUCGCUAGCCACCCGGCGCUGCCCUGGCUCGACAGCGGCAAGGCUCUGGGCGGGCACGCCUCUCACGGCCCGCCGGCGUGGGCCCUCCACCACGCGGCCCAAGCGGCUCACGCGGCCCACGCGGCCCACCAGGCCCACCACCACCAGCACCACCACCACCACCCCGGCGGACCGGUGAGCGCGCCGUACCACGCGGCAAGCCCCGCGGCCCACCACCAUCUCUUCGGCUUCCCGCCCACGCCGCCCAAGGACCCCGGGACGCCGGAGGCAGCGCCGGGGCAGGAGAAGGACGGCGGCGGCGGUGGCGGCGGCGGCGGUGGCGGCGGUGGCGGCCAGAAGGGCGUCCACUUUGGCCUCAUGACGGCUGCCGAACAGCAGGGAAUGAAGAUGGAGAACUGCAGCCCGUCGCGGGGAGGGGAGCAGAGCGGCGGUGGAGGCGGUGGAAGCGUGCCAGCCACCACGACGCACCACCCCAUCCCCAUGUACCCGCCGUACCUGGGCGCUGGCGGGCAGGAUUACGGGCCGGCCCUCUACUCGCACGCCGGCCUCCUUGGCAGCUCCAACUCCAGCUUCACGCCCAAGCACAAGAACAAGGCCCGCACGGCCACAGGUGAAGGCAUCCCCAGUGAGAUGAGCGAAGGCAUGACCAGCCAAGAGUUCUACUCCACGUGGCGUCCGGCACCAUACGGAGCCUGA